UCAUAACGUAUCUAACACUUUAAGAAGACUGCAUUUUUUUCUCACGCUGUUUGAAGAUUUCCCAAAGUGUGAUGAUGAGGUCGAGAAGAUUUAUGUUCGUGCCGGAAGUAAUGUUACACUUCCUUGUAGUCCAGUGGAGGAUUCUUCCAACGUCCAACAGAUCGAAUGGUGGAAGGAAGACAAAAGGGUAGUUGAAAUGCGUGAAGAAAAAUGACUGUUUGGGAAGCUGUGCCGGAAGUCUCUCUUCUACCUGAUUCUUACGCCCUCUAUUUCCGUCUUGUGACUCAUGAAGACAGCGGGGAAUAUCAGUGUAUAGUAAAUGGAAAAGGAGAAAAGGCGGGCAUUUUAAGAUUGUUUGUACAAGACAUACCGGAUCGAACGGGUAUGCCCCUGAUAAUGGGCUUUACUUCUAGGUCUGUGAAUCUGUCGUGGGCGCCGAGUAUAGACAACCACUACAGUCCCAUAAUUCAUUACGUCAUCCACAUAAGAGUUGGGGAGACGGGCAAGUGGAAGUCUAAUGGAAUCCUAACUUCUGACAACAGAACUCAUUAUCAAGUCAUUGGACUUCAGCCUUACACAGUGUACUCCUUCAGGAUUCUUGCUGUAAAUGCCAUUGGUGCUAGUCAACCCAGUAAACCUUCCUACUACAUAGUAACACUCAGGGAAGCACCAGAUGGAAAACCAACUAUCUUAUCUGCACACAACACGAGUAGUUCUUCAAUACGCCUCCAGUGGGCGCCUCCUCCCAAAGACACUAUCAAUGGAGAAUUUCUGGGUUAUCGGAUAGUGUACAGGCCACGUGACCGGCCUGGGGUCGAAAGGGGACGAAUAUUAAGAAGUCCAUCUUUACGAGAAUACACCAUUAGAAACUUGAAACCUUUCACCCAGUAUCUUAUUUCCCUGCAAGUUUUUAACCCGGAAGGUCGUGGCCCUCCUGUGAGUGUGGCAGUCAUGACUGAGGAAGGAGAGCCAAGCAGUCCACAGAACUUUACUAUUUUCCGGAUUACUAACACAACUGUGCGGCUACACUGGGCUGAACCUGAAUCUCCCAAUGGCAUAGUAAAGGGAUAUAAUGUGCACUAUAUGCACUGGCAACCGCUUCAAAACAAAACAAGGAAGGAAAAAGUAUACAAUCCAACACCAGAAAUGAAUUAUGUUCUAACUAAUCUUCAGCCUUACACAAAAUACACUAUUUGGGUGGCAGCUUUUACUGAGAAACAUCAGGGGGAAUCUAGUAACAAAAUCGAAAUGUGGACUGAUGUACAAGGACCAAGUGCUCCAAACAUCAUGAACCUCACUUGUCACUCUUUAGAUACAAUUUAUGUGCAGUGGGAACAACCAGAAGUUUUCCAUAAGUCCAUUGAUCAUUAUUUUGUUUAUUAUCGUUCUGAAAAUUCAUGGGAUUUCAAGAAAAUUGAUGUUAAUGCAACAGAACAAGAGAAGUUUAUUUCUAACCUAACAACAAACACCAUGUAUGAGGUAAAAGUCUGUGGGGUAACCCACAGCAUCAUGGAACACCAGAAACUAUACAAAGGUCAAUUUUCUGAGUCUCGCAAGAUUCUUCUUCAGAGUAAAUGUCAAAGUAAUUUCAACAGUCCACUGACAGAGUCCAGUGUUAAUGCUGGACUAAUAGCUGGAAUAGUUUGUGCAUCAUUUGCUUUUCUAUUGGCUAUCAUAUUCUUUAUCUUGUGGAGGAAAUACUUUCAAGCAGAUUACUAUUAUCUUGAUGACCCACCUGGAAACAGAGCUUCCCCUCAACUUUCAGAAACAUUUGAGGAUCCUGAGUAUGCAUCCAUCCCUGUUCACCAGUUUGCGGAUCACGUUGCCAAGCUUCAUGCCGAUGGAGAUCAUGGUUUUUCUAGAGAAUACCAGGCUAUCCAACAAGCUACUGACCUUGACUUGUCCUUCCAGCAUUCUCAGUUAACUGAAAACAAGAACAAAAACAGAUAUGUUAAUAUUGUUGCUUAUGAUCACAGCCGAGUGAUGUUGAAAGCUUUGCCUGGACAGAAGCGACUUUCAGACUACAUAAAUGCCAACUAUAUAGAUGGAUACGGAAAAGCUCGAGCCUACAUUGGAACACAAGGGCCGCUGCCAUCAACAUUUGAUGACUAUUGGCGUAUGAUCUGGGAACAGCGGGUAUACAUUAUUGUCAUGAUCACCAAUCUUGUGGAACGUGGACGACGAAAGUGUGAUAUGUAUUGGCCAAAAGAAGGAACUGAAGUGUAUGGUAUUAUCCAGGUGAAAAUGAUUUGUGAGGUUACUAUGGCUACCUACACACUCCGUACUUUUACCAUUCGAAAUCUCAAGAUAAAAAAAAAACGGUCAGCAGAAAGGACAGUGUACCAAUAUCAUUACACCAACUGGCCUGACCAUGGCGUUCCUGAUCACCCACUACCUGUUCUUAGUUUUGUUCGUAAAUCUUCAGCUUCUAAUCCACCCAAUGGAGGCUCAAUAAUAGUACACUGUAGUGCUGGUGUUGGGAGAACUGGAACAUACAUAGUUAUUGAUGCUAUGCUGAAGCAAAUCAGUCAUCGACAGAGUGUUAAUGUAUUUGGCUUUCUAAAGCUCAUUCGACAACAGAGGAACUUCUUGGUUCAAACAGAGGAUCAGUACAUCUUCAUUCACGAUGCUUUGUUGGAGGCUAUAGAAAGUGGUGAUACAGAAAUUCCAUCAAACCAACUCCCUCACUACAUCCAGAUGUUGCAGACAGCAGAGAAUAGUGAAAGAGAGAAGGACCACUGGCCUCUAUUGGAGAAGCAAUUUAAGUUGGUGACAGCAUACAGACCCAGGGACUUCAGUCUUACAUCUGCUUUAAAGUCUUGCAACAAGUCGAAGAACCGUUCAUUGGAUCUACUACCAGUAGAGACCUAUAGAGUCCAUAUCACUCCAAAGCCUGGAACAGAUGGGUCAGACUAUAUUAAUGCCACAUUCCUUCCAGGCUUUAGCAAGCUGCGAGAAUUUAUCAUCACACAACAUCCUAUUUAUGAUAGCAUUGCAGAUUUUUGGCAGAUGGUGUGGGAUCACAACUCUCAAACCAUUGUGUUAUUAUCAGCAGUAGAUGAAAAGGAAUAUCCAUCCUUCUGGCCAGAAAAGGAAGAGGAAAGUGAUUACACCACUUUUAAGGUUAAACUGGCCGAGGAAUCUUCUCAGGAAAACUUCAUCACAAGAGACUUUAUAUUGCAAGCUGUUCAAGAUGAAUAUGAAGUUAUGUGUAGGAUUAUACAGUGUGCUGGCUGGCCAGAAUCAUGUUCCCCACUCAGUAGUGUGUUUGAUCUAAUCAAUGUAGUCCAGGAUUGGCAUCUGGAAUACCAGAAUGGUCCCAUGGUGGUCAUAGACAGAUUUGGUGGUACUGAAGCUACAACAUUUUGCUGUCUCUCAACACUCUUCAAACAGUUACAGUGUGAACAGUCAGUAGAUGUGUAUAUGUAUGCCAAACUCUACCAUACUUGCAGACCUGGUGUGUGGAAAACUCAGGAUGAUUAUCUCUUCCUGUAUCAAGCUGUAGAAAGUAUAACGGAAUGUGCCACUCAGUCAGAAAUUGACAUUGUUAAUAACAGCCAGUUGAAUUCCACCAAUGGACAUCUCACUAGUAAUGGACAUGUUGUUAAGUUAGACACCGACCUUGAGAAGAAUGAAAGCCCAGCAUGACUGUUGAAAACUGAUCAUUGUUUUUUAUUUUAUUAGCUUAAGAAUAGUGGCACAACUCUGAAAGGAAGAUUUAGUUGAUAGUAAGCUUUGCCAUUUUACAAAAAGUAAAGUGAAAAUAACAUUGUGAAGGUCAAGUUUGAUAGUGAAGAAAAUCUUGUCACUAUUUCUGGGGGUAUGAGAAAGAAUUUUUCCAUGAGUUGUUUGAUUCACCAUUAUUCUGUUGUAAGUAAUACUAUUCUACUCCUAUAAGUAUGAAACAAAUGCAGCUUUGUCAUAUAUUAAAUGAAACAACUGGCAUUUACACUGUGUGAACAAAAUGCCCAGUAUCCUUUUGUGAGUGAUGAAAACACAUCUCUCGUUUCAAAAGUGUAAGAGGAUAGAGUCUCAACAUUGUGUUAAGAUGUAAAGAAAGGACCUCUGUCAUUUCCCUGAACUGUAGUAUGAAAUGGUACUAGUGACAACAAAAUGUGAGAAAUGUGCUAUUGAUAUAUACCUCUGGUGAAAAUGGCAACAAUGAAUGAGCUGUAAAGUUUUCAUGAUUGGAAAGUGUAUAUCAGUUGAAAGAAAUAUGCGUCCACAUUUUAAGUACCUAUUUGCUAGUUGGUUUGAAUACAUCAAGAAUAUGAAAUGAUGUUUCUUCUCUUGUUUAAAACAUGAAAACAAACUGUUCUUGUCUUUCUUGUGCAGAAAGAAAUAACUGUUUAUAGUUGUUUUCAGUGAUUGUUGGUGUUUCACGUUCAGUAUCAUCUACUUGGCCAGUUGAAUUUGUGAAAUUUUGUGUUAAGAAUAGUUAGUAAAUUCUGUGUUAAGAAUAGUCCUUUUUUUUCUCCAAUUUGACAAGAUAUGGCCAUCAAAUAAAUAUGUCUUUUGAUCUCCACUUAGACAUUUGCUCUUUGAGUUACUGUGACGUGCUCAUUAGUCCAGUCGUAUUGGCUACAGCUUAGCUAGAUCUGUACAGCAGAAGUUGCUCAUGUAUGGUGUAAACACACAUUUUUACGUUUCAUUGUAUAGUCUGCCUUGCCCAAAGUUAAUAUAAGCUAGUGUUAAGUGUGUAGAAAGGAGAGACUUGUUUGUAUUUUUUAGUAUGUUUCGUGUACAAAUUUUUUAGCAACUAUGCUAACUACUAAAGAAAGGUAUUGUACGUUGAACUUCAAAAAUCAGAUUUAGCCAUUUAAGAAAACAAUCUUGUAUGAUCAUAGUGGUGAUAACAAUGAUUUAUACAACAAAUUUGAUACGCUUAAAAAUAUAAAGAGUAGAAACUCAUUUCAUGAGAAAGUUGUACUCAUUUCUGUCUCAUGAGAAACAUAGCAAGUUAUUUUUACAAAGAUUAUUUUUAAAAAUUUGGUAAAAGCAAAAAAAUUAGUUAAGGGAAAACAAAGCAUAUAAGUAACAGGCAUAAGUGUUUUGGAAAGUGUUUUGCUAGAAAAUAAUUUUUUUUUGUAAAAUAUUUUCAACGAGGGGGAGACACAUUUAUGAUGAAUUUAUUUCUAAAGAAGUUUGUAAAAUAUACACAAAUAGUUUGUUGUUUUUGCUGUAAUAAAUACUUUCAAACUAGCACAAAAAACAACAAGAGUAAUAUACUAAUACUGUUAAUGUAGAACUCAAUUUAUAAAUAUGUAUAUAGUAUUUACAGUUAUAUAGCCAUUGCUUUUUAACUUAUUUAGACAAAUCCGUGGACCACAGGAUCUAUAUAUAGUGAUGAUCCUAAAAUCUUUCUAGUAUACCUUUGAACAUACUGUCUUGUAAGGACUUUAAUAAGUUUAUUUAAUCGUGUAUACUGUUUUGUAAGGACUUUAACAAGUUUUUUAUGUUGUAUACUGUUACUUUCAGGACCUUCAGAGGUAUUUUUUUCUAUGUUUCCUUGUACAAAACUGGAAUAUCACUUGUGUAGUUUUUUCACGUUAUAGAUAAUCCUUGUUAUUACACCUUGUAAUUCACAUUAGAGUACAUGAAGAUGGCAGCAAAUGUAAUGUUUGGUUUAAACAUAUACAUUUGAAUACAGUUACAGGUUUGUAAAUGUGUGUAUAGAUAAAACCCAAAUUUCAAUGCUUUAUGAUAUUGUAUUGCUUUACCUUUUAUUAAUAAGACACGAAACACUCUCCAAGAGAAAAAGUGUGUAUUCUCUAUAACAGUUUGUGUUGCAUACAGAAAAAAUAAUUUGUCACUGAUGAAGAAAGAGCUUGUGUUAUAGGGUUUGUUUGUUUUCUUUAAUUGAGUUUUCAAACCUACGUGUUUUCCUGACACCACGAAAGAGAAACUGUCAAUGUUUCUAAGAUAAUGUCUUUUUUCUUGUAAAAUUUGUUCCUUCAAAGUCUUGUUUCAGUUUAAUUUCCCAAAUAAUUUUUCAGAUUUUCUUUUUAGUAAGACUUUGUCCUUAAAAUUUUUAUUGAGCGAAAAAAGUUUUAUUUAAUUCUAACUAUAUUAGUUAGUUGAAAGAGUAAAACCUACAACCAAUGAAAAAUAGAUUAUUUAUAGUACCCAAUAACACUUAAGUGCUUGUUAGUACGACAUAAGCAGCUCUUAAAAUAAAGCUAAUAUAGAACUAAUCUAAAAUAGAUGUGCCGAAUAAGCACUAUAUAGAACAGUUAAAAACAGUUAACCAGAAAGGAAAUAAAUAAAAAAUAAAUGGAUUUUGUCUUUCUUCAGUGAAUAGUAAAAUAUACAGGAAGGGAGCGUUGUUCGUUAUUGUGUUGAACUUCAAUUUGUUUCUGUCUGUCUGUCCGUCUUCAUCAGUAUGGCAAGUAGUGGCUAUACCACGGCAACUAAUAAAACUUGUGACUGUAUAUAAUCUUAUAUCAUGGUAUCUGGUGACACGCUUGAGUAAGUACUUUUGCAUCAUGGUAUCAGGUUACAUAUUUGUCUAAGUACUCUUGUUUCGUGGUAUCUGAUGACAUACUUGAGAAAGUAAUCUUUCUCGUGGUAUCUCGUAACGUACUUGAGUAAGUGUUUUUGUACCACAGUAUCUAAUGACAAACUUGAGUAAGUGUUCUUGUACCACAGUUAUUGCCAAUAAUUGAACACACAGUAGUGACAAAGUGUUCUUUGUACUAUGGUUUCUGAUCUCAUAAUAGUUUGGCUAUAUGGAUUAUCACACACACACAUGUAUAAAAACUUAAUUUUUGCAGCUUAAGUUAAAAAUAAACUGCAAUCAUAUAAAUUUGAGAUAAAACUAUACGUAAUAACUGUUGUUAUCAGAAUAGAGAUCAUAGAUAAUCUUACCUGUAUUUUUUACAGUAUAUUUAUUUAAAAUAUUUCAAGCCAAAUUUGAUAAUUCAGACUUAAUUAAAGACAAUAAUCAUAUUUACUUAAAAACAUGCUUUUAACUCUAUCUAGACAAAGGCAUAACUUAUAUAAUAUAGAAGAAAAUUAUAGUUAUAGUUUCUGAUAUGAGUUAUAUGAAGUGGGAUUAUACAUUCUUAUUCUGCUCAGUACCCUAUAUUAUCAGUUACCUAGGCUAAAGGUACAUUUGACAUAAAUGAGAACUGUGUGUUCUAUAAAGGUACUGUUAGUGAUUGGGUACCCUAUAUUAUCAGUUACCUAGGCUAAAGGUACAUUUGUCAUAAAUGAGAACUGUGUGUUCUAUAAAGGUACUGUUAGUGAUUGGGUACCCUAUAUUAUCAGUUACCUAGACUAAAGGUACAUUUGUCAUAAAUGAGAACUGUGUGUUCUAUAAAGGUAUUGUUAGUGAUUGGGUACCCUAUAUUAUCAGUUACCUAGGCUAAAGGUACAUUUGUCAUAAAUGAGAACUGUGUGUUCUAUAAAGGUAUUGUUAGUGAUUGGGUACCCUAUAUUAUCAGUUACCUAGACUAAAGGUACAUUUGUCGUUAAUGAGAACUGUGUGUCCCAUAAAGGUAUUGUUAGUGAUUGGGUACCCUAUAUUAUCAGUUACCUAGACUAAAGGUACAUUUGUCGUUAAUGAGAACUGUGUGUCCCAUAAAGGUAUUGUCAAUGAAGGACUGUGAUAAAUGAGCUGAAAUAAAAUUAAUUGAUGCAUUUUAUGGCACAUUACUACCCCACCUAAUAAUGUCAAAAAAAAGCAUUAGUAGUCUGGAUUCUCACUCAUCCUUGGAAGAACAAAAUGUUACAUUUUGUAGAUAAAGUAUUAUUCUAUGAAUUUCCUUGUGUUGUUCGAUGUAUUUGAUUGAUCUGGUGAGUGAAAUAUUUUAUUGAUAUUUCCAAACUAUUCUGUUUAUGAGUCUUAAAAAUGUUUCUCUACAAAAAGUGAGUUUCAUUAAUUUGAAAAUUUUGUUUUUUUUACUAACAUUUUUAGUCCUUUUUUAACAUAAAGGGAAAAUACAGUAAUUGUACAGACAUUGUACGAGUUAAUCUGAAAGUAUUUAUUGUGUUCAUUUCAUGAAAUCUAUCUGUAGUAACAGGUUGGAUACAAAGAAACUGUCCUAACCGAGUUUUAACCCAAAGAAUCAAAACAUUCCAUGUAGAACCAUAUCUGUAUUAUUAUUAUAUUUGUUAGGAAUUAUAUAUAAUGAAAUACAUUGUAACAUUUUGAUCUGAUUUUAAAGUUAAUUAAAUCAAAAUUAUUCAUCUUGACCAAAUACAGCUGACAGUUUAGGUAUUGACAAUGUUACUUAACUCUCAGGAAAUACCAGUUUUAUAACUCGGUGUUGACCUAUAUGGUUUUCACAAUGAAUGCAUUAUAACAAACAUUUCAUUCCACUAAUAACCUUGUUCUUGUGAAGUCAAGAUGGAGCAAAAAAAGUACACAACAUAACAGUGUCAAUCUGGGUUUUAAACUUUUCUUCAAUGGGAAUUUUAUAAAAUACGUUGUCUUUCCUUCAAUUUCUAAAUGUAGUAUAGUUUGGUUAUUUUGCAUUGUUAAGACAACCCUAACUAGAAAAUUUGUCUUAUUAAAUCGGACAAAAAUGUAAAUAUUUGAUUCAUAGCUUAGCAAAUCAUUGCUUAAACAGUGUAUGUAAUUGACUAUUAAUAAUAUAUUCAAUAGACAUUUUAAUUUCCUCUAUGACCACAGGCAUGAUAAUUGCCAAGAAAUUCUUUAACAGUGAUUAUAUUCUUCAGUAAUAUUGGACUCAAGUGAACUCUAUGCUCGAGAUUAUGAAGUUGUGGUUUAUUAACUGACAUUUCUAACUCUACAGGCCAAUUUUGGACCUUCAACUAAAAAUAUACUUAAGCAUCAAGUAUAAUUUGAUUAUAUAGUUUAUGUGUAACAUGCUUUGUUUAUUUAUUAAAUGAAAAUAAACAAGUGGAAAAACUUGUACCACAAAAAAUGGCUCAUGUUAAAAUAGAUGUUUUAAUGUUCACAAAGAAUCGGGCUGGGAUGCCCUUCAUCUGGCAAUUUGAAGUGUUGUGAACAUUAAAACAUCUAUUUAACAUUAGCCUUUUCCCCACUUUUGUUAUUGAUUUCAUGAUUCCACAGCAGUUAUUUUAAUAUGAUUUUCUUUUUACCUUUUUUUGACUAGUUGUACUUGGUGAACUCCUAAAACACACAUUGCGACUGUUUUGAGAAAUGAUAGAAAUUACGUACAAUAUUAUGGCUUUUAAAUUGUUUUGUAUAUAACUGAUUUUGACAUAACCUUGUUUGCUGUUGGUAAAGGAAGUUCACAUUCCAGGUUUUCUUUAUCAAUGGAUUAAUACAGUAAUGUCUUGUAAGUUUUCCAAUAAUUUUUUAAUGGUCAUUCAACCAAAAACUAUACUGAGUUUCUCAUAUUGUAUUACAAACAAAAUCAUUAAAAAAAUGCAUACUUGGUGUUAGUUGUUUAUUUAAAAAAUUCAAAGAUUUCUAUAAGCUGUACUUUCAUAUUAAGAGAACUAAAAAUGUAUUAAUCUUGAAAAGAAGCAUUUAAUGAUAUUUAAAAAGAAAUAAAAACUUUAGUACCAAUGUGAUUAAAAGUAAUAUAAAACUUCCAUGUUCUAACUCUGUGCCCUGAAUUAGAGAGGGAAAUGUUUAGCAGUUUUUUAAUGUGUAAUUUAUAAAAUCAUAUGUAUUGAAUUUCUAGUGUGCUUUCCAUCAUAGGAAUAUUUGAAUAUUUUUACAGUUGCUUGUGUUGUUAGUAGUCUGCUAUGAGGUAAGUAAAAUAUUCAACUCCACAAUUCAAAGCUGGGUUUUAUACAUGUUGUUCUAACUGCAGAACUGUACUCACUGAAAUCUCCUGAACUACAUGUUGAUGUAACUUCAGAAUUGUCUCGUAGUCUUGAUGAUCUUGUAAGAUAUGUUGUGCUAGUUUCGUGAAAUUGAUAAUGUAAUAAAGAAAAGUUGAUUGUUUUUAAAAGUUAGUCUGUAUUAAUUUUGUCUUAGAUCUUUGUUUUUUAGCCAUCAUUAUUUAUGUUUAUCAAAUAAUAAACAAUGCUGCUAUUGUACUAAGGCAGAAAAUCUACAAAUGCUCCUUGCAAUAAAUCAAUUUGUGAUAUUUUAUUUUGCAAGUUAAGUCUCUAGGAUAUACAUAAUCUCCAAGUGUGAUUAUAUCAAGUGUGCCUCCCCUCAACAGCUGGUAUGGAUAGUAUGCAACUUUGGUAUUAAUUAGCAUAUGCUUAUUACUAUUUUAACUUGAUUUACUUAUUUUUUCCAACUUGAACAUUGAUUUUUACUUGACAUGCAAAAUUACUAGAAUCAGACAGUUGUUGAAAACGUCCCAUAUUCUCAAUUUACACCAGGCCUCUCCCAA